UGUCCGAAUGCGGGCAUGCAGCAAUGGCAUUCCAUGGCAUUCCAUGCAUGUCUUUUUUUCCACAUGGAACAUUUCCAAGAUUUUGUUGCAUGGUGCAAUGGCUCAAGUUGUAUUUGUGCCGGAGCAUGCCAGUGGGGUGCAGAUGGAUGUGUCUUUCACUGCGCACUUGGACCAGCUGAUCGAUCGAUUGAAAUCAGAAUUGGUCCAGCACUAUGAAAGAGACCUCGCCACCAAUACCAAAGGAAGGGAGGAUGAGGUGACCUGCAGUUCACCGCACAUUCUGCGAUUCACAGCUUCCAAAUCAUUCCUACAUGGAGUGCGGAGUCCGAAAGCCUUGCUCAAUCGCAGGGCAUCAGUGGACUCGGAUGGUUCCAGUGACGAGCUUGAAAUGCCAAGAGUUCAUCACCGCUUGCAUUCCAAGUCUGCGGUUUCGGACUCUGAUGAGGCCACCGUGACCUCCACAGAGUCCUUGGAGCUGAAGACGCCAAAACACAUCAAGGCAUCUGCCUUGGUACCUCAAGUGCCUCACCCAACAGCGCCGAAGGAUAAUUUACGACCCUUUAUGCCUUCAGCGGCGCCAAAGAUGUUGAUCCCAGCGAAGGCAGCCCAGGUUGCUCCAAUCUUCUCCGACACUGAGUCGCAGGAGGCUGUCAGCACGCCGGCAGUGACGGGCACAACAGGUGUCACAGCUGUCAGCCCUGUCGCUGUCACCCACGUGCCCAUCCCGAUUCCGCAGACAGAGGACACGGCUUCUGUUUCAGAUACUGCAAGCCAAGUGCCUUCUCCUGCACAACAUCGGCACUAUUCCGUGAAUCAGGACAGCAAAAGACGUGGAACCAAGGACAGCCAAAGAACUUCGAAGACCUCCAAGACUUCAGGAAGUAGCAGCACUUCGACAAGUUCAGCGAGCUUCGCUAGUUCCAGUGAUGGCGAGGCUCCAAGAGUUGCACUUCCAAACAGUCGAUUGACAAUGAAGAGACCGAGCAAUGCUUCAAUUUCUCUAUUCUUCAGAAGAGAACCUGCUGUUUCUCGAAUUUGGCUGUUUUUGCAGGACCCAGACUCCAGCGCAGCAGCAUGGUACUAUGCAAACAUCAUGAAUUAUUUUAUCACCUUUACGAUUAUAUUCACAAUCUGGCAAGCAGCUGCAGACCCGCCGGUCUCGCGCUUGAUUGAAGGAAUCAUGCAAAUCUCGGUUGAGGGAAUUUUCUUCGUGGAAUUUAUGCUUCACUGGUGCUUCAGUGCCGAAAGACUUGCUUUCUUGAAGAAUCCCUACAACAUUAUUGAUUUCUUGGCCAUCAUCCCGAUUGGCUUCCGCAUUGCCUACGGCAUCAGCACACCUGAGAUGGACUCCAAUUAUGCACCGGUGCACUUCCUGCUCUACUGCUUUGUCCCAGUGAUCCGUCAGUUGAAGCUGAUCCGAAAAUUUCAAAAGCUGCAGCUGCUCCUGCAUGUUUUGUCGACGACCUUUGAUGCAUUGAAGCUCUUGCUUUUUUUGGUGUGCCUAAUUGUUCUUUUCUUUGGCUGUUUACUUUACGUCUUGGAGCCACAGCAAACGCAGUCUCUUUCGGAAUAUAUCUAUCAAUGCACGGUGACGGUCACCACAGUCGGGACUUGUGACAUGGCUCCUACCACUUGGCCCGGAAAAAUUAUCGCAGGAAUGCUUUGUGUCAUAAGUGUUCUAUUCAUGGCAAUGCCCAUUUCUGUGCUGGGCAAUGCGAUGUCCAACACUUGGGCGGACCGGCACCGUAUUUUGCUCAUGACACAGACUCGUCGCAGAUUAAAAAAUUUGGGAUACACGGCAGAAGACAUGCCGAAGCUCUUUAAGAAAUUUGACAAAGAUGGUAACGGUGAUUUGGAAAUGGAAGAAUUUUGUGACUUGGUGGCUACCAUGAGAGUUGGAAUCAAGCCCUCCGAGGCGUCAGAGCUCUUCAUGGCUUUCGACUCGAAUGGAGAUGGCGGCAUCAGUGAGAUGGAAUUUAUGAAAGCGUUGUUCCCCCUGGACUACCGGCGGAUCUACCGGAGGAUGUCCGGCAUGACCUUCGGCGCGUAGGUUUCACCCGGACACUUAAAGUGCCAAGACACGGUGAACAGAGUCAAGUUCUGACUGCAUGGAGCCCAUUGGGAUCGUUCGAACGCGCAGUACAGGCGCAAACAGCCUCGCUCAAAGUGAGGGGAUAUUCGUUCGCAGAACUCGAUCUGCAAGUGGCCAUGUUUUCCCUCAGCUUUGCACCAAAGUGCUUGCAAAACUCAGCUGCGUGGUCAGUGCGUGAGCAGAAA